UGUUAAACUUCUUCCUUUCUAGAAUGAACAUGCAUGAACGUGUGAACAGAACAGAGAGGCAGUUUAAAUCCCUUCCAGCUAAUCAACAGAGUCUUCUUCCUCAAUUCCUUCCUCACCUUGACAAGAUUCGGAAGUGCAUUGAUCAUAAUCAAGAAAUACUGCAGACCAUUGUGAAUGACUGCGUUCAUAUGUUUGAAAACAAAGAAUAUGGAGAAGAUGGAGGAGGGAAGAUUACACCCGCUUCAACGUUUGACAUGGAUAAAUUAAAAUCUACUUUGAAGCAAUUUGUCAGAGACUGGAGUGAAGAGGGGAAACCUGAGCGAGAUUCCUGCUACCAGCCAAUAAUUAGUGAAAUUGUAAAGAACUUUCCAAAAGAAAGAUGGGAUUUCUCCAAAGUUAAUAUCCUGGUACCUGGUGCUGGGCUAGGUAGAUUGGCGUGGGAAAUAGCUAUGCUCGGUUAUGCUUGCCAAGGAAAUGAAUGGAGCCUCUUUAUGCUCUUUUCUUCUAACUUUGUACUCAACAGGUACAUAGCUUAUGUUUUACUUCCUGAUCAAAACCUACAGGUACAGGGGAGGCGAAGUUAUUAAUAAAAAAAAUUGAAUAAAUAAAACAGAUUUGUAAGUCAUAACGCAGCACACAGAUAACCAUUUGUUAGAAUGUUUUGAUGCAAAUAACGAUUGGGAUAAUUGGGAGAAGCUUAUAUCUGAGUUUUAUGCAUUAAGUCAUUAAGAAUACAGCAGGAAGCAUGGGUUUUAAACAAUGAAACUUAAAAUGCCUAGAUUCUAUCGCAGAUUCCCUAUGUAACCUGGAGUAAGUGCUACUGUUUUUAUUUUACAUCAUUUUCUGGAAAAAAA